AUGUCUUCCGACAGAGAUGUCUUGCUAUCGAUGGGCUUCGACUCUACCCGUGUCGAAUGGGCCCUGAAGUCCACGGGUGGUCGAGGGCUUCAACCAGCAAUGGACCACAUUUUGGAGAAUGAGGGAAAGCCUGUGCCCGAUCUCUCAACGGUCUCAGCUUCAUCCUCGUCGGCAUCGCCGCCUGGUGACGCGGUCGAAGGCGAGCCAAUGGACGAGGAUCAGGAAGAACUGGAGGCACUCAAAGCUGUUUACGGAAAGGAAGGAGCUAGUAGCACAUCUGAUGCAGAGGCCAAGAGCAUUCGGUGCUCUGUUUGUGGGAAGAUAUUCAAAAACACUGCACUGGCCAAUUAUCACGCCGAGAAGAGCGGUCACGAUCAAUUCGAAGAGUCAACAGAGGAGGUAAAACCCUUGACAGAAGAAGAAAGGAAACAAAAGCUCGAUGAACUGCGAGAAAAGAUGGCGGCCAAACGGGCGGUGAAAGCGAAAGAAGAAGCAAAGGAGAGCCUGGCAAAUGAGGCCAUACGGCGAAGAGCUGGCAGGGAUAUGAACGAACUUCGAGAAGAAAUUCAAGCAAAGGAGAUGAAGAAAGAGGCUGAAGCAAAACGGAGGGAAAAAUUGGAAGAUGCAAAGGCACGCGCUGCGAUCAAAGCACAGAUUGAAGCGGACAAACGAGAGCGCGCUGAGAAGGCAGCUCGCGAGAAGGCACUUCGUGAAGGGAAGCCUGUUCCCGGAAGUUCGACCUCCGCGUCUGCCGCUGCUCCUGCAACAUCUACACCCAAGACGGCAGGCAGAGAUUACCCAGAGACGCGUCUCCAAGUCCGGAUGGCAAGUGGGGGUCAGCCAUACACAACGACGUUGUCGAGUGAUGCCCCCCUCCGUGAGGUUGCCGAAUUUCUUGCAGGACAGACGUUAUCUGUGGACGUAGAUACUGUCACGCUCUCUCAGCACUUCCCUAGGAAAACCUUCUCUCGUUCCGACUUCUCUCGGACGUUGCGAGAGCUUGGAUUGACGCCCUCUGCUGUUUUGAUUGCUUCCUAG